GUUUCAGGCCUAUAUCGAGGCCGUGAGACCGCGCGUGGAGACACAUCUUCAGAGAUCGCUGAGCAAUUCCCUACGCUAACACCGACCCGCCCAACUCAUCCGGAACUCAUGGAAUUCUCACAUCGUGACGCAACCGAGGCUUCGAGGGACCCUCCACCCAAACUCAAAUGCCCUUUCUAUCAGCGAAAUCCUCGGGCUCACCCGAAAGCGUCGUGCAAGAACACUUGCUAUUCCGACAUGUUUCGGUUGGUACAGCAUCUCAAACGCGUCCAUGCCCAAGCUCCCGGAUGCGAAUGCUGCCCCAGAGCACUCAAGAAAGCACCUUGCCAGCGCAUGGACGCCAAAAUCAAGAGCAUUAAGCUCAAUGACCCUCGCUUUCAGAACCAGACUCGUGAGAAAAAAUGGGAUUUAGUAUUCGAGAUCUUGUUUCCCGGGAUACCCGUUCCGUUGCCGUCUGAGCAGGAGGGUUUGACACAUGAGGAGGAAAGCAUCUUCCUGCAGCUCUUUGUCAAGCGCCUCCGAAAGCACCUUGGCCCAGCAGCUGCAAUAACGCUUGAUGAUGUCGAAGAGUUAUACUACGACUGUAAACGGAAAGCGCGGAGCUCGGUCGAACAGACUAAUCAAGAAGAGGAUGACUCCAUGGAUGAGGCUGACCCUUCCAUGGACACUCUUAAUUUGCGCGACGCAGGUCGGUCGGCUCGCGCUGUGGAUGACCCUAAUCGUUCAUCCCGAAGCAAAAGAUUGGCACAUACCGGAUACGACGAGGAAGAGCGAACGUCUCGGUCUCGUGAAAAGAGUUAUUCCACUUCCAGCAUCGGUGGAAAUCCAAUUCCGUCUCGUACAGCGCAAGGUUCCAGUAUGCAGACGAGCCAGACAUUCUCUCAGCAAAAUUGGACACCUGGUUAUUCCCCUUUCGCGCAUCCCGAAGAACAAAUGCACUAUCAACAGCAAGGCUACCUUCAACAGGUCAAUGCUGUAUAUCAACAGAACACCCGUCCCACGCCUUCUUCCACCAACCCACGGUCAACCCCUUACGGAUACCCUCAGCAGCAAGGAAAUCCGGACACGUACGGAAACCAAUACCAACAGUAUAAUUGGCACCCUGCAAGUGGCAUGUGAUGAAGAUAUGCAGUUCGAGAUGAGUGUACCAUGGAAGUGUGUUUCCUCUCGUCCAUGUUGUCCCGGGAGCAUAUCUCUUUUCAUCACCUUCUCGGUCUAUGAGAACCUCGCAUACAUUUUCUUUCGGGCUAGCAACUUCCAUAGAUA